AUGAAGUUCACCAAGGCGAUUCUGACCACCACUAUACUGGCAGGCAGCUCUCUCGCCGCCCCUGGUAGUGGCCUUGUUGAGCGUCUGCAGGGCCGCGGCGCUCUGUCACGCCAAUCCUCACCCGCCGAAAAGAAGGGAAUUCUGCUCAAGCAAGGAGCCGAGGGAGGCAAAGUUCAAUAUAGCAAGAACUGGGCUGGGGUUGUGCGCGAGAAUCCACCAGCCAGGGCCACCUACACCGCUGUGUCUGCAACGUUCACCGUCCCAGAGCCAACAGCCACCAAUGAAUCUGGCGAGAUGCAGGCUGUGUCCGCCUGGGUUGGGAUUGAUGGUGACACUUACACCGAUGCGAUUCUGCAGACCGGCAUCGAUGCCUAUAUCCAGAAUGGCCAACAGACAUUUGACGCCUGGUACGAGUGGUAUCCAUUGAGUGCGGAGAACUUUGACCUGCAAUUAUCUGCAGGUGACGUUGUUGUCGCGAAGGUCGAGACAUUUUCGACUAGCAAGGGUGCUGCCAUCAUCGAGAAUAAGUCGACCGGCCAGAGGGUUACCAAGACCUUGUCUGCACCCUCGACAUCCGCCACCAUUGCUGGUCAAAACGCGGAAUGGAUAGUUGAGGACUUCAACACCGGUAAUAACAUGGUUCCCUUGGCCAACUUUGGCAAAGUUGACUUUACCGGGGCCCAGGCCGAGGCAGGUGGUGUGAGGUAUGGUACCCAUGACGCUGCCGUUCUGCAUAUUCAGCAAAAUGGCAACGUGAAGGCCCAUGUUAGAGUCCCAAGUGAGACUGAGUUCUCCGUUACCUACCAGUGA